AGAAGUUGGUCAAUUUCCCUAUUUGAGAGAUAAAAUUUUACAUCACAAAUGACAACCAUUUCUUUUUGUUUCAGCUAUAACUAUUCACGGGAUGAUGAAGAAAUUUACAAAGAAUUUUCAGAAAUUGCCAAUGAAUCAAUUCCACAAUUGAUGAAAGCUGAAAGUUCUGGGCAUUCAGCUCGGUCUAUUUUGAAAGAUCCUGAGUGUUUUGCGUCAUUACUUAGAUUUUAUGAUGGAAUUUGCAAAUGGGAAGAGGGAAGUCAAACGCCGAUUCUUCACAUAGGUUGGGCUAAACCCCUUGUAAGCACCAUAUCUAAAUUUGAUGCUGAAGUACGGGCACAAGUCAACAUAGUUUGCAGCACUGACUCUGACGAACCCCGUGACAAACCUAAAGGGUCGCAAGGAGAGAAAACUGAGACAAAAGAUAACGAUAACGAUAAGUGGAAUAACAAUUCUGAUAACACCGAAAUGACUGUAAGAGAGCAGUUGACAGCUGCUGUGAACAGCAGACCACGCGUAACACUUUACAGCCAUAAGAUGGCUGCCUUGAAACCCCUUCUACUAGCUGAAAGGUUAAACACACAUGCAUUGCAGUUGCAACUUACCGCUCAAAGCCAAUUGCAGAGGCCACACGCACCGACCAAGCGGCGCGACGACGACGAUCAAACUACAUCAGUAUCUGCUACAGCGCGGGCGAAACGUGCUAGACGUGAACGCUGAACAAAUCUACAAAUAAAAUACGCUUUCCAGUGUGGUAAUGGCAUGCCUAAGGCUGUUUUUACAUUCAUAUAAGCCUGUCGUCCACAAGCAAGUUAGUGUACAUUGUCAGGACUCCAGGGAGCCUCGUCGAUGUGCCCUAAUUCUGGCUGACUGGCAUGACUUCAAAUACGACCUAAUUUGAUGAUGUAUUCUUAGAAAUAUAUACAGAUGUAUCAUUGUUACAAAAGUUAAGGGCUCUGUACCUAAUUUUAUUCUUACAAUAAUGUAUUAUAAUAAUGGUUACAUAGCUAAAAGGAUGUUGCUUUUAUUGUAGUGUAGAUAUUUAUUCUGUGAUCUAUGAACAGUCCCACCACAGGGGUCUGUUAUUGCCUUUAAGGUAGGUACGGAACCCUAAAUAUUGUGUUAGUUUUAUUGUUUAUAAUGUGAUGUCAAAAUUGAAAAUUGAACUGAAUAUAUUGUGGUAGCGGUGAUUUAAGUACUUAAAGUAAUUUUUGUCAGAAUCUAUACUUGUUAGAUUCUGACUGUGUUGUAGACUCGAAAAGCAUCUUGAAUAUAGCAAAGCAGAAUACGAGAGAAUAACUAUCGCUAUAUAUAUCGUAAUAUCAUUCUUAGGACUAAAAUUAUAUAUCCUUUUACAAAAUAACAAAUUCAGAACUUAAAUCUUUAUUUGCAUUACACGUCAGACUGAAAAA